CAAUGAUAACAUUUGCAUAACUAAUACUUUAAACUUUUUAUAUAAAAACAAAAAGUUAAAUCGAAAUCAAUAUUGUACCCUUGACUUCAAUCAAACACAAACAUGUCCUCCUUUGCUUUCCUUUUGCUUUGCGCCCAAGCUUGCUUGGUACAGAAUGUAUUCAGCCAAUGCCUCGGCGCGGGCCCACUCGCUUACGGUCCAGGCAUCGCCCCAGGUGUUGCUCUGGCACCUGGCUUAGCGCCCUACGGCUUGGGAGCCGGCCUGGCUGCUGGACCAUUCGGCGUGGCGCCAAUGGCUGUGGAGCUCGGUGGAUUGGGAGUAGGCAUGGCCCCAGCAGCUAUAGAACUCGGUGCAUAUGGCGGAGCUGGUAUCGGUGACGUGGCGGUCGCUGGUGAGAUGCCAGUCGCUGGCACCACCCUCGUCGCUGGCCAGGUGCCGAUCCUCGGCGCUGUGCGCUUCGCGGGCGAUCUGCCAGCCGCUGGCACUGUCACCAUCACUGGCAGCUGCGGGUGCGGAUGCAACCGCGGACCUUACUACUACUAAUUUAUAAAAUAUCACAAUUUUAAUCUAACAUAAAAGGAAUUAGAACACA